CUCUAGCACAGGAUAUCGUUCCUCCAAUAUACUCCAUUUGACAACUAUAUACACAGUCCCAUCGACAGCCAUGACUGACAACCCCCCAGUGAGUCCCAUUCCUACCUGUACUCCCUGAUCCACCAGCUCUCCGCCAUCUUCUCCGCCCUCGCGAUCUCGAAUACUGCCCACAAUUCCCACUCUCUUCCCUGACUCUUCAAUCCGUCCUCACUCUACUUUCAAUGCGAAAUCAAACUCGCUCACUCGUCGUUACCCUUUAGCCAACCGCCCAAGUUACCACAUACCCACCCAACCCAACCGCAAACUCCAAUUCCAACUCUAACUCCCCUCUCCCCAAUCUAGCACAAGUACCACAAUCACAACCACAAGACUCUCUCCCUUCAACUAUACCACAACCAACAAUGGCCAAUGACCCAUCAAACUUGCCUCCAGCCGGCACAGAAACCGGAGCAGCAGGUACCCCAACGGCAGACCCAAUGACAUCCGCCACAAACGCGAGCCCCGUACGGCCUGGAGGCGCGCCAGCCCGGGUGUACAUGAACGAGAAGAUCGUGCCGUAUUUGCUCGAGGGGAUGAAAAACGUUACAAAGGAGCAACCCGCGAAUCCACUGCGCGUGCUGGGUGAAUACCUCAUCCAGAAGAGUAACGAAGUUGAAGGCGCGCAAUCUGGCAAAGCGCCGGAGUAGACAACGCUGGGCGGGCUUAUGGAUUUGUUGAUAUGUCAUGGUUUCUGUCUCGGGAUACGAUGCAUGAGGCACUAGGUCGUCUUUUGACCACGAAAAGGCAGAAAAAUGCUGCUGGAUUACGGCUUGUUAUUGCCCAGGUCGAGAGCAGCGUGCCAACCCUGCCCAUCCCGCUUGUGGAGGUCGGCUCGCGGCCCUACUCUGGACGGCUGUUUGGUCCGUCACACUUGUUUCGAUGACAGUGACGGUACUUCGCUCAGAAAGUGCAAGAGUGUGGAGGAGGAUAGGAAGGAACUUCGGUGUAUCUAUGACCGCUGGAUGCUCCCAUGUUUGGAACCUCUGCCGGGUUGGAAGUUACGAAAAGGGUUGUUUAAUAGUUUUGAAGUUAGAUGCAAUUGUG